AUGUGCACCUCCGUGGGCAAAUCACUCGGCCCUCAGCUGGCGUCAUCUUGCAGCUUGGCCAUGAAGGAGCAGCAGCUUACAGUGGCCCUUCGCAUCCGUCCCAUCAACGAAGCAGAAGUGGAGGAGGGAGCUGCCCUCGUUGCCCGCAGGGUGGGUGAGCAGAGGGUGGUCCUGAUGGAUCCAAGUGAAGAUCCAGAUGACAUCUUGCGAGCUAACAGAUCCCGAGAAAAAACAUUUGUAUUUGACAUGGGUUUUGAUCACAGAGCAACCCAGGAGGAAGUAUAUGUGUCCACGACCAAAAGCCUGAUAGGAGGAGUCAUUUCUGGCUACAAUGCAACCAUUUUUGCAUACGGUCCGACAGGAACAGGAAAAACCUACACUAUGCUAGGGACGGACUGUGAACCGGGGAUUUACAUUCGCACUCUUGAUGCCCUCUUUAAGGCCCUUGAAGGUACCGCUGAGGAGAUGGAUUACAGAGUCUCCAUGUCCUACCUGGAGAUCUCUAACAAAGUGAUCCGUGACCUCCUGAACCCAUCCUCAGGGCUCUUAGACCUGAGAGAGGACCCCAGAGGCAGCAUCCAGAUAGCAGGAAUUACGGAAGUCUCCACUACAAAUGCUCAGGAGAUCAUGCAGCUGUUAAUGAAAGGAAACAAGCAACACACCCAGGAGCCCACUGCUGCCAACAGGACAUCCUCCCGCUCACAUGCAGUGCUGCAGGUGACAGUGACGCAGAAAAGCCGAAGGAAGGCGAUCGGCAAGGAAGUGCGAAUUGGAAAGCUUUUCAUGGUUGACUUGGCGGGGUUGGAGAGAGCAGCCCAGACUCAGAACCAGGGCAAGAGGAUGAAGGAAGGAGCCCACAUCAUGCUGGCUUUGGGCAACUGCAUCAACGCCUUGAGUGAGAAGGGGGGGAGCCAGGCCCAGUUUGUCAAUUUUCGAGACAGCAAACUCACACGCCUGCUGAAGGACUCAUUACGGGGCAACAGCAGAACUCUUAUGAUUGCACAUAUCAGCCCAGUCAGUACCUCCUUUGAAGAAUCUCGAAUGACCUUGAUCUAUGCCUAUCGAGCAUCACACAAGACACAGGUAAAAUGUAACCUGCGGAACGUCUCCUGCCACAUCAACCAAUACACCAGCAUCAUCGCGGACCUCCACAGGGAGAUCGAGCAUCUGAAGGCGAGGGUCAAAAACCAGGAGAAGGAGAAAAGUGCAGUCAGCUCCAACCUCGGGGAUCUGCAAGCAGAGGGGCACCAAGGGUCUGAGGUACACAGUGGCCAAGUAAUGAACACCUUGCGGGCGCAGCUGAUGGGGGCUUUCAGCGAGCAAAUGGAGGUGCGUCGCAGCCUGAUAGAGCUGGAAAACACCAACAUUGAGCUGCAUGUUGAUACCUGCAGCUGGGAACGAGGGAAGGCUCAGGGUGCAUGCAAGUAUGACAAGCCAGCAGAGGAGGAAAAAGAUGAAAACACAGAGGAGGAAGACAAGGAAGUGGAUAUCAUAGAUUCACCUGAACCUCAUGAAGUUACAACAGAGCUGGAGCAGCACUUAGCAAAUGCCAAAGAAAAAGCUUCCCAGAUGGAGGAGUUUUUCCCCAGACAAAUCACCAGUGAGGAUCAGCAGGAGGUGCUAAGGCUCCCCUGCAUAGCCCAUGAGCUUGAGCUUGAGCUUGGCAACACAGAGCUGCAGGCAAAUACACUGUACAAGGAGAAUCUAUUGUGCCAGAAGGAUUUUGUGAUCCAGCAACAUGCACUCUGCGAAGAAAUUAUUCAGCGGCAGCAGAUGCUGAUAAAAGCCCAGAACAUUCCUAUCCCAGAGACACUGGAGAGGUUACACCACCUGCACCUCUCUGAGUUGGAGGAGGGGAUGCUGAACUGCCUGCCUCUGCUACAUUCAGUGAUGUCCAGCAGGCUCAGGCCCCACAACAGCCCUUCUCUGGAUGUCAGUCAGCAUCUGGAUCCUAAUAAAGAAGAGAUCAGAAAGGGUCUACCUGCGAACAUGAAGGAUAUUCCCUGGGGGGUGAAGUUUGACAUUCCCUCCAUCGCCCUUGAGUCAGACAGUGGCAGUUGCAGAUCAUCUAAAACAACACCGUGUAGGAAGGAGGGGUCUCUGGAUACCCAUCUCAGCCCAACUUUCUCUGGUUUGUCAAAAAGCCCAGUUCAGCAGCAGAAACUAGCAGGUGUUGCUGCAGGAAAGAUGACUCCCAAGCUGCGUUCCCCCACCCCUCUAGACUUGCAUGGGAAAAAGUCAACUGCAGACAUUGCUGCUGUUCCACUGAGUCUGGAGACCUUGGAGGAAAUUGCUGCCAACACCAAAAGCAUCUCCCUCAUUGCAGCCAGUCGCCGUUCCAGAGCCCAACACAGAGACCCUGGGAGCAAAGUCUCCUCAGCCCACUUCUCUGAGGAGGAUGUGCUUGAGCUGAAGUAUCUGGAGGCCAAUUCCACCCCAGAUUGUCAGACAAGAGACAGUGCACAUAUUGGGGGUUUGCAGUUGGAGCCCGCAGCUGGCAGCCAGCUGCGCUCCCCAGCCAGGGGAGUGCUGAAGAACAGGAGAGACCAGGAGCUGUCUGCUGAGCGGACAGCCAGAAAGAAAAGAUCUCGCACUCUCGAACCAAACUUCAACAGGAUCUCGAAAGCUAAGCAUUGGACUCCCUCAAGCCCCAAUACAGACAAAGCUUGUGAGAACCACCUGCGCCGAGCUAGACUCUUCCAUCAGUCAAAAGCUGCGAGUAGCCUAUCCAUUGCCACAAAGGUCAAGGUUCCUAUCGGCCACCAUUCAGCGGGGACUCCACUAGAGGUGCUGCCAAAAGACAAUGUUCCUGCAAGCACCAUCCAGCAGAGCAAUGCUGAUUGCGUCAAAGGACAGGUCCUACAGAAAAGCAAGCCGAGGGGCCUGCAGAUGGUGCCAGCAGUCGGCAAAAGCAGCAGUCAGUCGCCCGCUUGGGGAACCAGCCGAAGACUAAAUAGAAGUCGCUGGGAGAGCAGGACUCUCUUAUGA